CUUCGCAGCCAUUUUACUCCGCGAAACAAACUUCGACCUCUCAGCUAGAGGGAGGGAGAGAGAGAGAAGGAGAAGGAGGAGGAGGAGGAGGGGACGACGACAACUCACAGAAGACCAUUCCGCUGACACCUCUGCUGCCUCAAUGUGAACCGGAGCCCGGGCACAUUUGGACUUCCAAGUCCCCGCAAACAGGUUCGACUCCAUGGCUUAGUGUGGCUCUCCACAGCCCCACUACCCACAAAGUGUGUUUCCUCCCGCCCCGGCUGUCCUCUGCUGCACCAGGUGUAGCAGCGAAACGCCACCAAAAGAGGGCAGUGACCCAUACCCCCCCCCCCCCCCCCCCCGCCUCUCCCUCCCCCGCAGAUGGAGCUCCAGGUCUCUAACGGGCCGCUUGGAGCAGAGGGGGAUUGCGAGAUGUCGACUCUGCUGCUGCCCAGUCCGCAGAGCGAGGCGGUCACCCAUGAGAUGGAGGAGCUGUCGCUGCAGCCUCUGCCUGCGCUCGAUGAACGCAACAACGGCCAGGACCCUCAGACGAUGGCCUAUUUGGAGGGAGAGACCCCAAGUGACCGCUGCACUAGGUUCAGAGCAGUCCUACAGUUGAGGCUUCAGCAGAGGCGAACGCGCGAGCAGCUGGCGGACCAGGGCAUCAUGCCACCUCUGAAGAGCCCGGCGGCUUUCCACGGGCAGAUUCGCAGCUUGGAGAGAGCCAGGACUGAAAAUUUCCUCAAGCACAAGAUCCGCAGUCGUCCUGAGCGAGCAGAACUGGUCAGGAUGCACAUCCUGCAAGAGACCGGAGCAGAGCCCUCCUUACAGGCCACACAGAUGAGACUGAAAAGGGCGCGGCUGGCCGACGACCUCAACGAGAAGAUCGCCCAGAGACCCGGCCCCUUGGAGCUGGUGGAGAAAAACAUCCUGCCUGUGGAUUCCAGCGUCAAGCAGGCAAUCAUCGGUAAGAGGCAGCGAGACAGCCAUGUGGGUCAGGUGAAUUACCCCAAAGUGUUGGACGAAGACAGCUGCGAUGCGCCGUCGCCGGAGCAUCCGCCCGGCCAGGACCCUCCGAGCUGCGUCCCCUCUCCCGCCGAGAGCAAAGUCCCAGAGACGCCUUCUCCCGUCCCGCCGCCGCCGCCGCCGAUACCCACCCGGCCGCUGCAGGUCUUCCCCGUUGCUGCGCCAGCCGACUUUGUGAAAGUGGCGCCUGCGAUGGAACAGCCCGCGGGCCGCCCUGCUUUCCCCCCCGCCCAGACAGCCAUCCCCGCUGCUCCCUUAAAACCAGGCCCGACACUGGUGAAACAAAGUCAGCAGAAGUCUCCCUCCGAGAAGAGCCGCAGCAAGAAGGGCAAAGAGCCCAAGUCCAGGGUGAAGAAGCUCAAGUACCACCAGUAUGUUCCCCCGGACCAGAAGCUGGAGGCCAGUGAAGCCCCCAUGGACUCCUCAUACGCCCGACUGCUGCAGCAACAGCAGCUCUUCCUCCAGCUGCAGAUCCUGAGCCAGCAACAGCAGCAUUACAACUACCAGACCAUACUACCGGCACCCCUCAAGCCUGUAACUGAGGGUCAGAGCGGCGGCGCUGGGGGCUUGCCGACCUCCAUCAUGGUGUCUCUGCCCACUGCACCACCACCUCCCCCCUUAACUCCAGCGCCGGCUCGUCCAAACCUCUCGCUCUCAAACCGCAAGCCUGGCGUCUUGCCUGCCAAUAUGGAGGAGAUGAAGGUGGCCGAGCUGAAGCUGGAGCUGAAGCUGCGUGGCCUCCCUGUGUCAGGAACAAAGACUGACCUGAUAGAAAGACUGAAGCCUUUCCAGGACAACCCCUGCACCUCUGCUCCUGCCACCGUUCCCAGCCCUGCCAUCGCCAACCUCGCCUCCAUGCCCAUGGAGGUCACCCCCCCCACCGCCGCUAGCAGCCCCGCCAUAGUCUUUCCAGUCCAGCAGAUGGCUCCAGAGAACAUGAACCCGACGCCGCCGGUCUCACCCGCCCCUGCUGAGCGCCCCGCCCCGCAGCAGGAGCCCUCCGUGUCCGACGCUCUCGCCGACACGCAGAUGGUGAGCUCUGGCCGGGCCGGUCCGCGCUCCUCGCCCCGCCCCUCGUUUCAGGUCCCGGAGGAAAAGGACAGGCGGCUCCAUGAAAAGGAGCAGCAGAUAGUGGAGUUGAUGAAGAAGCUGGAGCAGGAGCAGAGGCUGGUGGAGGAGCUCAAGAUGCAGCUGGAGAUGGAGAAGAGAGGCCAGGGUGGCUCCAACGAGGAUGCUGUAUCGCCGAAAUCCAAUUCUGUGCCGCUCAUGAACCCCGUUCCUUCUCUCCUGAGCGCAAACGUAGUAAAACCGGAGGGUGCUGUCCUGUCCAACUGUUCUUCUACUGCCGCUACAAUCCCCAACUCUAUUUUCGGCUCCCAGACUCUCGCCUCCCUGCCAACAGUGGUCAAGUUGGAGGAUGUGACCGUUUCCUCUGGCAAGCCUCUCCAGCUCCAGGCCCAGACUCGGAUCCUCACCCAGAUCCAGCCCCAAAGAAUCAACAGCCCCCACCUCCUCUCCCAGUCACAGAGAAGUCUCAAAGUGCAAGCUGCCGCCCCGAGCCUGCAGCAGUUCUUCAUCAGCCACCCAGACGGCGUGUCCCAGGUGCUGGGUCAGCCUCAGACCUUGUUGACCACCACGGGCCGAGCCGGGAGCAUCCUCCUCCCGGUCGCGCUGCCCGACGGCUCCACAGCAAUCCAGCUGCCCAACGCCAACCUCAGCCUGCAGCCUGCUCUUCCGGCCAACAUCUCAAAUUCAGGCUCCUCGGUUCCUCAGCGGCAGCCCACGAAGAAGGAGACUGCACCCAACCAGCAGAUAACCCACCACACCCCACUGCUGCAGACUCUGACUAUGUGCAACAACACUCCUGGUUUGGAGAACCGCACCGGGCCUGAGAUGAGUUCACAGGGUUUCCUGAGAAGCAGCCCAGAGAACAGGGUCUCUCCACGAGCCUCACCCAACCAUCUCCAUAAGUCUCCUUCCCCCCAGCCGACGUUCAUCCUCCAACCCGCCCCCCUCGUUUCCCAGCCGCCCAAAGCCAGAGAGCCCCCCCGCUACGAGGAGGCCGUCAGGCAGAGCCGCAACUCGCACGUCCACAGUGUUUCGCAGGUUCCCACGGCAACCAGCCAGCAGAUGGAUGACUUGUUCGACAUCCUCAUAGAGAGCGGAGAAAUCACUCCGUUCAUCCAGCAGGAGCCUCACGUGUCCUACAGUAAGACCCUCCCGGUCACGGCAAACGUCUCCACCCUGCCGGUCAUCACGGCCCUCGCCAGGCCGCCGCCGCAGAUCCAGCUGGCUCCACCCCCCGCCCACAGCCCCCUGGUGGGCCUCUCCUCGCUCGCCUCGGACAACCAGCUGGAGGCCUUCCUGGAGCGCACCCUGGCCGACACGGCGCCGGUGUCGGACCCGCGCACCCGGGGCCUGAUGGAGGAGCUGCAGGCCCAGCUGAUGGAGCAGCAACCGUACUCGCCCAUGGACACUUCGGACUUGUCCUUCUGCGAGUCUUCCUCGCACAUGGGCCUCUCCGACCCGGGCCUGGACAACAUGGAGUGGUUGGACCUCACCAUGCCGCCAGGCCCCGCUGGGGCGCUCACACCGCUGGGCAUCCCGACAGACUUCCUGGAUACUCAAGACCUGCAGCUGCACUGGGACUGAUGGAGGGGGGGGGGGGGGGGCGCUGAGGGUGGUGGAUGAAGAGAAGGGGAACCGGAUCAAAGACCACAGAGAAGUUGAGCUCCCACAUGUUGUUAAUAGGGAGAAGAAGUGGCAUUUUGUGAAAUAGCCCAAAGAGGGCCUCAACUGGCUGAAGAGCCAGAGCAACGAUGAUGGACACUAAAAUACAACGACAAAUGAAUUCUGGUAGCGGAACGAAGGGUACAGAACCCGCAUAGAUACAGACCGACAACUAAGUAUAAAAGGGGCGAGGGGCCGUGUCUUGCUCUACUGGAGCAUAUGAUGCCGUCCCAGCUUGUAAAAGCGGGUCAUUGCAGCACUACGUUGUGAAUGUACAUUCUCCAGCUGACUUGGGUCUGUGACGUCGUUCCGUCUCCCUGCUGAAGGCAUCCCUGACCGAGAGGAGACCGCAUGCUGUACAUUACACGUAUGCCGACCAAGCUGAGACGGCGCAUUAGAUGCCACUGGACCCCCCCCCCCCCCCCCUCCCCCCUCCGCGGUCGAGCUGGUGGACCUUUUGACUUUAGAGAAACAACGUGGCUGUGAGAGCUAUGCACUUGAGAGGCGUGGCGACGCGUCUCCUUCAACCUCCGAGCAAGGAAUGCAAACUGCAGCGCGUCCUCGUCAUCGUAGCGAUGUCAUCGAGAUCGCGUCGCCAGUCUCCUCCAGAGAUACCGAGGCUGUCCGAGUGUCUCGCUUUGAAUGUAAUUUAGAAAAAAAUGGAACUUUACUCCAAAAGGCAGCUUUUCUUUUUGUUCUGGAUAGUAAACUGACAUAAAACGAUGGAAAGGGAACAAAUAUUGAUUUGAGACACAAUCAGAAUAGUGAACAGCAAGUUCUAUCGUGUGUGCGUGUGUGUGUGCGUGCGUGCGUGCGUGUGUGUGUGCGUGUGUGUGUGUGUGCGUGUGCGCGUGCGUGUGCGCGUGUUGCAUGUACCCCUGUGACUCUGUGUGCACGAUCGUAUUCUUGUAAAACGUCUCCUCAUCUUGUCUGAAGAAAGAGGCCUAAUCGCUCUGUGGACAUAUUCCAAACUCCUCUGAAGACCGUUUCCUGUUGCUAUCUGUGUCCUGCAGUCCAAACCGUUGAAGAGGGCUUAGCUACUUUAUAAAGCUGUCAAUUCGAGAUGAUCAUUUUGAACACACUGCGUCAUAUCAAUCCUAAAUAUUGAGUUACUGAUUCGGCGUCUCAGUGAAGGAUAUUUUUUUGGCUUUGCUGCAGUCUCACUGUAAAGCACUUUGAAAUAAGAUUUUUAUCAUUCUUUUAUUCAAUGAAAGCACAUUAAUGGUGCAUUUCAACUUUAAUGUGUCGUUACGUCCAUGUGCACUAGAGGGCGCUGCCCCUCUUGUUGUUUUUCUGCUCUGACUAUCCGACCAGAUGGAUGAGCUCAAACCCAGAAACAUUGGACCUGGAUCACUUGUGGAUUCAUGUGCUUAAACUUUAUUUUCCACCAGUCAACUUUAACGCUGACAAAAAAAGACUGUGGAACAUUCUAUCUACUUUUGUUGGUUUUCACACAUUUUUUUUGUUGGAUGAAAAUGAGAAGAAAAUCGUGUAAUCUUGCUUUCAUGCCUGUGAAAUCAGUAACGAGAGGACUUAGUUUGUAUAUUUUGGUUCCACAUCAGACGUCCGUGGCUGCAGUAAGUCGGGCUCGAUGUGUGAGGUUCCAGCUGAAGCAGCACCAGCUCCACUACUUGGACACACGGUCACGUCUGCAUGGUUCCCCGCACACUGUGGACUGCGUACCACAGCAACCUGAACCAUUCCAGGUCUCCUCCAUCACCUCGGGGGACCUUCACCACACGUGAUGAAACCGCACUGCACGUCGGCUCCGCCCUUGACUUUAUUAUUGCUAGAACCUUUACUCCAGAGCAACACACUUUAGAACUUCAAAAGCACUUCCUGUCUGGAGGCUUAUUCAAACAAACCACUCAAAGUCAGACGUUGGAGGAGGCAGGAGGUCAAUCCGAGGCUUCUUCACCCAAGAAGUUGGACAGUGAACAGCAGACCAGACGUUUGGUCCAUCUCUUUCCAUCCUGUCUCCACCGCCCACGCUACGCCUCUUGUUGUUUGGAUGCCAUAUGUUUUGCACAUUGUGUACAUAUUUAUAUAGAUGUAAUGCAUAUUUUUCUACACGUGUAACAUCCAUUUGGUCUCUUUAAUGUAAAUACUCAAAGAUGUAUAUAAGUGCUGUAAUGCCUUUCUGUGUCAAUAAAUGGUUAAUGACGGAAUAACA